AUGAGAGUUUUGCACACCGAUCCCAAAAACACUGACAAUGAGGUGAGAAGUUUGCAGAAGCGAGUAGAUUCUUUGGCGCCAGAUAAAGAGGUCUUUGAGAUUCGCAGAAGAAACGGAAAAGUAGUGGCUUUCUGCAACAUAUGCAAGACAACCACUGCUACAGGUGAAGCUUACCAAGGCCUCUUCUGUAUCAGACAGUCAAUGGCCACCCAAACGCAUAAGACCAACUUGGAAAUCACUCACUCCAGAGAGAGCGAAAUUCCUCUAGUGAUCCAAACCCUCCAAAGGGAAAUUGAUGAGCAGUUCCCGCAGCACUUUGUAUCCAGAAAGAAGUCGGUUGUUUGUCGUACAUGUAACACAGAGCUACUGCUAUCACACAAAGCCGCGCUAAACAACGCAAGGCAGCACGUCAAUAGCACAAACCACCAACAAAAAGUAAGGAAAUUUGGAAAAGCGGCUACAAAUGAUAUUUCCUCAUUCUUCACGAAGAAAGGGGAAUCUGUGGAGAAUUCUGGGUGA